AUGCCGUAUGCAAACCAGCCAUCAGUUCACAUUUCGGAUCUAACUGAAGAAAAUGUAAAAUUUCAAGUAGAGGAUACAGAAUUGAGUGUUGCAAAUAGUAUGAGACGUGUCUUUAUUGCUGAAACACCCACCAUGGCUAUUGAUUGGAUACAAUUGGAAGCCAAUUCAACUGUUUUAAGUGAUGAAUUUUUAGCACACAGAAUUGGAAUGAUACCAUUGAUAAGCGACGAUGUUGUUGACAGGAUACAGUAUACUAGAGAUUGCCAAUGUAUGGAUUUUUGUCCAGAGUGUAGUGUAGAAUUUACGCUUGAUGUUAAGUGUACAGAAGAUCAAACGCGACAUGUAACUACUGCAGAUUUUAAAUCCAGUGACCCUAGAGUAUUACCAGUUACAUCUAGGCACAGGGAGGACGAUGCCAGUGAAUAUGGAGAAACAGAUGAAAUACUAAUAGUAAAGUUAAGAAAAGGACAAGAAUUAAAACUGAGAGCAUAUGCCAAGAAAGGUUUUGGAAAAGAACAUGCAAAAUGGAAUCCAACAGCUGGUGUAAGCUUUGAGUAUGAUCCAGACAAUUCCAUGAGACAUACAUUGUUCCCUAAACCAGAUGAAUGGCCAAAAUCAGAGUAUAGUGAAUUAGAAGAAGAUCAAUAUGAAGCACCAUUUAAUUGGGAGGCUAAACCAAAUAAAUAUUACUUUAAUGUUGAAAGUAGUGGAGCAUUGAAACCUGAAAAUAUUGUAAUGAUGGGUAUUGCAGCUUUGAAAAAUAAACUAUCUAAUCUACAAACACAAUUAAGUCAUGAAGUUCAAAGUGAUGCAUUGAGUAUUCACCAUUAAAUUGUAUAGACUAUUAAGAAUUUAGGAAUCAUAACAUUUUUCAUUAUUCAUUUUAAAAUAAAAUCUUUAUUAAAUACA